CUGGGGCCCAGGCAGCUGCGGAGCCGAGCGCGGCGGGCGGCUGGACCGCCACAGCCCCGCUGGCCAUGAGCUCGGGAUCCGAGCCCCGGACACCCCGGACACCCGGGACACCCUUCAGCAUCGCAGACAUCCUAGGCCCGUGCAACAUUCCCCGAAGACCCUCUGUGUCGCGGCCUCCAGAGUCGAACCAGGGGCCCACGUCGCCGCUGUGCGCGCUGGAGGAGCUGACUAGUAAAACUUUCCGCGGACUUGACGGGCACACACCGCAGCCCUCUGAAGGCCGCGCGGCCCCGGGCGCGCUGGGCCCCGACCCGGCUGGCCGCAGACGGCGGAAGUCACGCACGGCGUUCACCGCGCAGCAGGUGCUGGAGCUGGAGCGGCGCUUCGUCUUCCAGAAGUACCUGGCGCCGUCCGAGCGCGACGGGCUGGCGGCUCGGCUCGGCUUGGCCAACGCGCAGGUCGUCACGUGGUUCCAGAACCGGCGCGCCAAGCUCAAGCGCGACGUGGAGGAGAUGCGCGCCGACCUGGCCUCGCUGCGUUCGCUGUCCCCGGAAGCCCAGGGCCGCCUCGCGCUGCCGGACGGCGCCCCGGGCCUCGGCCCUCGCCCCGCCCGGCCUGACUCUGAGCUCCAUCUUUCUGACGAGGAGAUACAGGUGGACGAUUGAAAGCAAAGCUGCCUCCAGGGCUCUGCGGGCGCUGACCUCCGCGCCCCCGCGCCCCCGCGCCCUGCCCGGGUUCCGUGGUAGGAGGAAGGGUGUCCAUCCGCCCCUUUCGGCUCACAGUCCAGACGCCCACCUUCCCCGAUUGCUGAGAAUCAAGUCCAGACUUUGCCCCAGCACUCCUCAAUCCUGGCGGGAGCAAAACCUCCUGGUUAUUGCGAAGAUUCCAUGCUUUGCACUGUGCCUAGCGCUUUAAAUCCGAGGUUUCCCUUAACUCUCAUAGCAACCCUAUAAGGUAGGUGAUACGGUUAUGUCCGUUUUACAAAAGAAGAACCCCUAAGUCAGAUGUAGACCCAGGCAUCCAACCACCCUUCAGAGCUGGUGCUUGUCAGCUCUCUGCUCCGGAGACGCUGGGUGAGGGGAAGGGCACUGGACUCUGAUAGCUGCCAACCCCUCCUCUAGGCCCGCCUCGGGGCUUCCCUGGUAGCUCAGCUGGUAAAGAACCCUCCUGCAAUGCAAGAGACCCGGCUCGAUUCCUGGGUCGGGAAGAUCCGCGGGCGAAGGGAUAGGCUACCCACUCCAGUAUUCUUGGGUUUCCCUGGUGGCUCAGCUGGUAAAGAAUCCGCCCGCAAUGCGGGAUGCCCAGGUUCGAUUCCUGCGUUGGGAAGAUCCCCCAGAGAAGGGAAAGGCUACCCACUCCAGUAUUCUGGCCUGGAGAAUUCCAUGGACUGUAUAGUCCAUGGGGGUCUCAAAGAGCUGGACACAACUAAGCGACUUUCACAUAACUUCACUUCAGGGGCCGCCUUAGUUCCAGAACUCCACUCGGGGUUUGAUCUGCCGCCGCCUGGCAGACCUUGCACCUAACUAACAGACUGGCGCCUGAAUGACAGCGUCCCACCUGUCUCUCCUCUUUCCCCACCCUGGGAUCAUUUGUUAAUAGGGUCCCGACCCUUCACCUUCCCGCCCUCCCCCCCCCCCCCCCCCGCACUGGGAGAGUCUUACACUGAGACCCAGGCAAAGUGAUAAGCUCUGAGAAAGGGGACAUACCCCUGCUUCUGGGACCUCCACCCUACCUUGCGCUGGUGGGAAAAUGUCCCCACCAGGAUGGUGGUGGUGGCGGCGGGAGGGUGGGGAGGACUGGUCCUACCCUCUGAGGCAGAGCUUGGGGUAGCUGCUUGCAGGGUAGAGAGCCCAGCCCACCUCCUCCAGCAGGCUUUUCUGAGAUAAUUUCUAACUGAAUUAAUCGUCCUCCCGCAUGUGAUGGGGAGGGAGUGCAGGUUGUCUCUGAGCCGACCAUCCCUACUUUCGGUCAGGAGCCUUCCUGCUUCCCAAUCACUGACAGGAACAGAUAAUGACCACUAGUGUAGAGCUGAGAACCUGUCAUCUCACAGAUGUAAAGAACAGACUUUUAGACUCUGUGGAAGAGGGUGGGAUGAUCUGAGAGAAUAGCAUUGAAACAUGUAUAUUAUCAUAUGUGAAACAGAUCGCCAGUCCAGGUUCGAUGCAUGAGGCAGGGUGCUUGGGGCUGGUGCACUGGGAUGACCCUGAGGGAUGGGAUGGGGAGGGAGGUGGGGGGGGCGGGUCAGGAUGGGGAACACAUGUACACCCAUGGCUGAUUCAUGUCAAUGUAUGGCAAAAACCACCACAAUACUGUAAUUAGCCUCCAAUUAAAAAAACAAACAAACCUGUCAUCUAUCAUGUACAGAAAGUAUUCUCUGCACCUGUGUUACACACACAUACUUCCCCUGGUUCCUCUUCAGGACCCCUUCUGUAUUCCCUUCAUGCUCUUCUGAAGUCUGCCUCUCUGGAACCUUUAAAUUGGAGUGACCAGCUCAUUCAUGUGUGCCCAGGACUUUUCCAGUUUUAGCAUUGAAAGUUCCACACCUUUGGAAAUCCUUCAGUCCCAGGAAAACCACGAUAUUCGGUCAUUCUGCUUUCCAGCCCUGGGGACUCAGAGCUCAGGCACUGGGUCAGAACCCUACCAGUUAGCAGUGUGAGUGUGGGAUAACGUGGAGGCAAGGUGUCAGGAGUCCUAUGGCUCUUCGGGAAGAUUCAAGCCCGGGACAGUCUAAGAGGUACUGGGGAGGGGACAUUUCUUUUGAGAGGCUAGAACCCUCCUCUAAUUAAGGCUUCCUAAAUUCUAGCCCAGGGCUGCCACCUCUUAUAAUCAAGCCUUGAAUAAACAAAACUCAAACCUGUAACCCCAAGAUAGCCUCCUGGAUGAGUGUCUCCUCCCCUAGGUCCUAGAGCUGCUGCUGCUGCUGAGUCACUUCAAUCAUGUCUGACUCUGUGAUCCUAUGGUCUGUAGCCCACCAGGCUCCUCUGUCCAUGGGAUUCUCUAGGCAAGAGUACUUGAGUAGGUUGCCAUGCCCUCCUCUAG